CCGUACAAGCCUGAAUUGUUCAACAUUUGUUUGGAUCUUAGCGUUGGAGGAAGAGAUGGUUCGACUGUAGUACAAGACAAUGGACACACAUGCACCUUUCUGUUGGCAACAAUACAUCCUGAAUCUUAUGAUGGAAAAAGUAGCGGGACCACAAGAUAUUGAAGAAGGACUAAACCGUUCGAGGUAUACUUUGCUUGAGGCAGAUUUGGGAUGCAACACUUAGAGGAGAAUAUUGACGUGGCCGUUGUUCAGAGAAUUACAAGAAGGAUUUGGCAGCAAGGUAUUUGAAGAUGAAUGCUAUGAGUUGUUGGUCAAGAAUUACUUCAAAGAGUUGAGAUCAUGUUGGAUAGAUUUCAAGAGUUUAAGAAGUAGUAUUUCUACACAAGGUAUGGGACCGACUGAAGAUUCAGUUUACGGAGUUGGUACAGUGAGAUGUUUCCGCCAGGUGGUUCAGGUCGAGUUAAUCAUAUACAACAAUUUCAGCAUCGAGAUACGUGGUCGAGUGAAUUGGAUUCAUCGAUUAUGGUUUGGAGAAUAAGCCAAAGAUCAUACGGAAAAUCUUUGAAAACUUAGCCAAGAAUUUUGGAGUAGAUAAAAGACCAUGGAAUUUCAAAGCUUCCAGGAGAUGUUAGAGUAUGACGUGAAUGUUAAAGAAGCUAUUAUUGCUGAAGAAGUUAACCAAGUCAUGGAGACCGUUUAUUUUUCAACCGGUGCAGAUCAAAGGUCAUCAGAUCAAGAUUGAAGACCUUGAGCCGUUAUGGUUGUGACUAGCAAGAACAAAAUGGUCGUGAUUGUCAAAGUGUGGAAAAUUCAGGAACGUUUACAUCAUUCACACUUUGAUGGUUCUUGUGAAGAGUUAGGAUCUUAGGUUGUUACUACCACUGCAUAAAUAAAAGUUAUUUUGACCGCAAAAAGUAAUGGAGGUGAAGGCAACAAUUAACAAUAAUAUUAAAAACCCCAAUAACAAAGAAAGACUAAAGGGCCCAUCGCUGAGUGGUAGAGCAUUCGACUGUAAUUCACAAGGUCACCGUUCGAACCUUGUUAGGUCCUUUAACCAUUGUUUUAUGCUUUGCAAUUGCAUUUAUCUCAUUUUAAAAACAACCCCCGUGAUCCGUGAGAAGGUGAACCAGAUGAUGACGGCUGAGUUAAUGAAUAUUACUUCUAUAUAAGGUCACGGGAUCUCAUUUCUGAUAUCAUUUCCUACCGACAAAAGCAGUCCUAAACACACACAAAAUAAUAAAUAUUAUCUCUAAGUUGACAGUAAGAAAGUUAAUAACGAUAAUACUGCUACUGUCCGCUGUUGGUGGUGCAACGCUAAAAUUAAUAAACGGAAAUCAAACACAUUAUUGGUGACAACCUCACGGGUCAUAUUAACUAUUUGUCCGUAUGCAAUGCAAUACGUAUAUUCCUUGUAUGAUGAUAAUAUUUUGUACACAUACUAUAUUUUGUAUAUUAGCAUAUACAUAAUAAUAUACGUGUAUAUAUAAUAAACCCAACAAGAACCAACAAGCAGUCUUAUCAUACUCUACGUUUUGUUUCCCACUCUCUGUUUCUUCUUUUUUUCAUAUUUAAUUUCUGUGAAGAUGGGGAAUUGCUCUCAAAGAGCAGCUUCCGACGCUGGUGGCUCUUCAAUCAUGGAAGAAUAUUACAGAAGUCGGAGUUGCAGGUCGUUGCAGCCAAUAAAGAAGGAGGAAACUCUAGGGUACCUUGUUAGACAAGGUACACUAAGCCCUAGAAGAGUGGGGGCGACAAUUCAAGUGUCACCGCAAAGAAGAAACGGAGUUUGGAAAGCAAAGGUGGUGAUCGGAAGUAAACAGCUGGGAGAAAUUCUUGCAGUUGAAGGCAAUACACAUGCCUUGAUUGAUCAACUUCGAAUUGCCGCUGCAGAGGCUUCAGCGUCGGAGAUAGUCGGAGGUAGAAACUUAUCAUCCCGAAAAAGCAAAGAGAGUUAUUUCUGUUAGGUUUGAUGAUGGCACGCUGUUAUUUUGUUUGUUUAUGUUCUACUUUGUAAAUCCUUGGAAGCAAAAGUGUAUAUCGUACAAAAGGUUGAGAAUAAAUGUACCGAUUCUAUACUUUACUGACCGUUUUAGGGUGGGUUCGUUAUUUCU